AUACGGCCCCUUGACCGACAUCAAGGACCCUGUAUAAAAGCUUCCUAGAGGAAAUGAGGCUUCUUAGCAGAGCUUAAUUUUAGACACGCCCGCCAAUUAGUUACCAAGUAGUCCCCAAAGGAUCAAUCUCGUGGUGAUCUGACGAUGAAGGUAGUGCUCAAAGUGGCGAUCACCUGCAAGAAGUGCAAAACCUGCGUCCUGGGGAUCUCAUCAAAAAUUAAAGGGAUCAAGUCGCUGACAUACGACGACGAGAAGAGCACUCUGACGGUUGUGGGCGAGGUGGACGUGGUGGAGAUCGUUGCGGCGCUGCGCAAGGCAAAGCACCCGGCAGAGGUGGUGUCGGUGACCGACGAGAAGAAGGAGGCCGAAGAGAAGAAGAAGAAGGAGGAAGAAGAGAAGAAGAAAAAGGAGGAAGCAGCCAAGAAGAAGUGCUGCUGUCCCAUGCCGUGCUCGAUGUGCCCCAAGCCGUGCCCUCCACCGUCGUGCCCCCUGCCAUGCCCCCCGCCGCACAUGAAGCCGUGCCAGCCAUGCUACAUCCCCAUCGAGGACGAGUACCCCGGCCCCUGCACCAUCGUCUGAGAGAGCGACGCCAUGACCACACAUACCAAUUUGUUGCUGAUGAGAAAAAGUCACAUCCUCUCUAUUGCUUUGUAAUAAGCAUCCUUUGCUCCAAGAAAAAAAAAUCCAAUGGAAUGCCAGAUUAAGAUGCCAAUGUGACUGAAAAAACAAGAUUAAGAUGCCAAUGCAA